UUCAAGCCAUCCGAAUUCCCCAUCUGCGUGUAUGCAAGUCUGAAAGUCUACAAGGCCAAGCCCGCCAAGGUUAUUCACCCACAUGCGCCCCCGUCCGAUCUCUUCCCGCCUCCCGUCUUUUGCUGUUCGUCCGUCCACUUGUUGUUUUCCUUUCCUGUCCAGCUUCUGUUCGGCCAUAUGGCGAGGCCGCUUUCGAGAUUCCCUCUCAGCCGACCGUGUGCCGCUGGCAUGUUCCCUCGGCCGCUCUCGUUUCACGCACCUCCGCGACAUCAACUGUUUGGGCGCCGCCGUCCAGCCUCCCACAACAGAGACUCAACAGCGACCGCUAGACCCGACCGCCUGAGAGACAGACCAACUCAUGGCUCAUUUUAACUAGCGUACUGGUUCCGCCAUCGUCUUAACUCUCUGCACUGCCACGACUGCUCUCCCCUCCGCAGGAGUCAAGAGACGACGAGCCUAAGACAUGGCGGGAACGCAUACGUAUGCAUGGCUCCGGCGAUUCCAGCAAACCAUGCCUGGCCAGGGCCACAAGCGUUGGCGCACGUCGGCACACCUGAACAGCCGGCAUCCGGCAUACAAACCGGAAACCGGGAGCGACUCUUCACCAGACUGCCCAAUGCCCAGUGUUCAAUCUUGCGUGGUUUCGUCUGGAACCGCGCCCCUGAGACGUCUAAAAAUGGCCCCGGUCGCCGCAAGGGUCACCUGCGAGGCGGGACUCAAUUGGACAAUGGGCGGCCCUCGUGCUGUGUGGGUGAUUGAGAGACGGAUGAUACUCCAGACAGAUACUGUCGUCUGUUCUUGUCCUGCAACACAUCCGGCCACACCAUGGUUUUCCGUCAUCCUUAACUCUCUUUCCUCCUCAUCUCUUUCUAUCCGCGUCCUCACUCUGUUCCUCACCGACGCACACCGAGCCUGAUUCCAUGCGUUCACAACGCUCCGAGACCAAGGGCUGGCGAUCGGCGAGUGUCCAAUGUUUCGGGGCCAAGGAACUGCUGGGGCCCGUCGUUGCACCAUUGUCCCUAGUGAGCGAACAUCCCAACUUUGUCCAAUUCCAGUUCCAUGCCUGGGCGAAAGAGGCUGUGUUCCUGUUGUCAACACGAAGAAACCCAACUGCAACGCUUUCCCACAUAAGCCAACCUCCCCAAAAUUCCUACCUACCCCGUUCUCUACUCGCACAGGCCCCUCUCUUCCCUCCCCCUCCGUCGGCUUCGAGACGCAGAUCCUCCUCUCCUGGCACCGCCACGAUUCGAGAUUUCGCCCUCGAGCGUUCCGGUUCUAGACGGCCGCACAUCAAACAUCGCUCAGAAUUUCAGAAACGAGGCCCAUCUCUCUCUCUCCCUCGCUCUCCCUCUCUCCGCAAGCCCACAUUUUUCCACGAUGUUCCCAUACGGCCGCGUUCCCACCGACAACACUUUGCAACGCGUGCUUUUGGUUUUGCCUUCGCGGGAUUUUGACGGCUACUCCCCGUCCUCCGUCCCCCCCGUGCCCCCGGUUGCGCUGUAAAUCACACACAAAUCCUUCCCGGCGUUGGAUAGGCGGACUCGGUCUCCAGUCGUUUUAAUCAAACAAACAUUGUUGGUGGGCACGCAGAUUCCACAUGUCGGCUCAUCUCACUUUCCAAUGGCCCGCAUGCCAUCAGUCUUUUCUCCUCCACCCCCCUUUGCAGGUAGCAAUCCUGCGCGAGACGGUCGCAGUGUACAGAUGGUUUGUGUUGUCCUGUUAUUUUCCUGCGGUCUUGUUUUCUC